AUGUACAAUCGCAGACGAAGAUGGAGCUGUAGCUUCUUAGGAUAUCGAUUCGUUUCACCAUACAUUCAUUUAUCUCCCGAUCUAUCAUUUGUUUUGAAAGAUUCGAAGGAGGAGGUUUCUGGAUAUGUAUUAGCAGCACUUGAUUCUGAACUAUUUUACCAACGAUAUGUGGAUGAAUGGCUUCCGAAAAUGAAACAAAUCUAUGUUAGUAUUCCAUUAGAAGAUAGAGUGAAACGUGAUUGGGAAGUUAUACAAGGUUUUCAUUCGAAUAAUAUUGAAUCGUUCAAACUCUUUGAAGGCUAUCCAUCGCAUCUGCAUAUUGAUUUACUGCCGAAGGCGCAAGGAAAAGGUUACGGUACCAAGAUGAUCUGUCAUAUUGAAAAUGAGUUAAAACAACGCGGAUCAAAAGGCGUUCAUUUAGGAAUGGCACCGAAUAAUACACGAGCAUUCAAGUUCUACACCAAACUUGGCUUUUCUAUCCUCGCUAGUGAUGAAGACACUCUUUGGUUAGGCAAAAAUUUAUGUUGA